AAAAACAGCAAAGGGUCAUGGGAUGUGGCAUGGGAAAAUCAGAACUCCAGAUGAAGAAAUGUGACAGAGUGAGCAUCUCUGUUCCAGCUGCUACCGCCAUCAGAGCGGCUCUGUUGAUCCAGCGCUGGUACCGUCAGUAUGUCGCCCGGCUGGAGAUAAGACGCAGGUGCACGUGGAACAUUUUCCAGUCUAUUGAAUAUGCAGGAGAGCAAGACCAGAUCAAGCUCUACAAUUUUUUUGGCUUCUUGAUGGACCACUUCACCCCAGCCAACAGUGAAAGAAACCUAAUAUCUCACAUCUUUCGUAAGAAUGAGAUCUUUCACGACGCGGAAUGGGAACGGUAUUUUUGCUACAAGAGCAUUGAGGUACCCGACAGCUACAGCGGCCUCCACCUGACCUUCCCCAUGACCUUCUGUGGAGUGUCAAAGCUGGUGGAGGCCUUUAAGCACAAACAACAGCUCCAUGCUCGAUAUGUUCUGCAGCUUCUUGGAGAGACUUGGAGACUCCUAAGAAUUCUACCAAAUAUCAAUCAAGUCUCCACCUGCCAACCCAAGGAGAUCACUAUAUGUGGAGAUUUACAUGGGCACCUUGAAGAUCUGCUGCUGAUAUUCUAUAAGAACGGUUUGCCGUCCUCUGAGAAACCAUAUGUCUUCAAUGGAGACUUUGUGGAUCGUGGCAAAAACUCCUUAGAGAUUCUGCUCAUCCUGUUUGGGUUCCUGCUGGUCUAUCCAAAUGAUGUCCACCUGAACAGAGGGAACCACGAGGACCACAUUAUUAACCUGAGAUAUGGUUUCACGAAAGAAGUUUUGGGAAAAUAUAGGGUGCAUGGCAAGAAGAUACUAAAGCUUCUCCAGAAGAUCUUCAGUUGGCUGCCUCUGGCCACAGUGAUUGACCAGAAGGUGCUGAUUGUGCACGGUGGGAUCUCUGACACAACAGACCUUGACACGAUAAUGAGAAUGGACAGACACAAAUACGUAUCAGCUCUCAGGCCUCCCAAGCCGACCAAUGGCAGUAAGACUCAGACAACAAACAACAGGAGUAACGAGGCCAGUGGACCAGUGGAAAGCCGCCGUCGCGUGUGUUCUCUGACUCACCAAAGUUCGGCCACAGCUUACAGGCACAACCUCCAACGCCGCUCGCUCCACAGCCAGCCCACGAGCAGUCAACUCAACUGGUCAGUGGAGGAGGAGCUGAAAAGGAGGCGCAGACUGGCUGGGUUUGACCAGUCUUACAGAGAACUGACGAAGUCUGACUCCGACUCGGAUCCAGAGUCUGGAGAAACAACAGAGACAGAUGAGCAUGAGUGGAAACAAAUAGUGGACAUGUUGUGGAGCGAUCCAAUGCCCCAGAAUGGCUGCAUCCCCAACGAGGUGCGAGGUGGAGGCUGCUACUGGGGGCCAGACGUCACUGAGGAAGUGCUGGGAAGACACAACCUCCAGCUCCUCAUCCGCUCCCAUGAGUGCAAACAGGAAGGCUACGAGUUCUGUCACAACCGCAUGGUGCUGACUAUAUUUUCAGCGUCGAACUACUAUGAAGUGGGCAGCAACAGAGGAGCCUACAUCAGAAUGGGCCCCGAUCUGGUCCCGCACUUCAUUCAGUAUCAGGCCAGCAGGACAAGCAGAGAACUCACCCUGAGACAAAGUAUUGGGUGGACAGAGAGAUCGGCUCUGCAAACUCUCAGGAAACAGCUGUUUGUACAUAAGUCAGAUCUCAUCAGUGCCUUCCAGGAGUUUGAUCCCAACAACACAGGGAUGAUCUCUUUAAGCCACUGGGCCAGUGCCACAGAGGAAGUACUGAAGCUGGGUCUGCCCUGGAGGGUGCUGCGCCCUCAGCUUGUCAGCAGCACCCAGUCCGGCAUGGUGGACUACCAGCAGUGGAUAAGAGAGUUCUCCAUCACUGAGCCCAGACUAGAGAUCUCAGACAACAGCAUUUUGGAGACUAUGUACAAAAACCACUCCAACCUGGAAACCAUCUUCAGAAUCAUCGACGCAGAUCACUCAGGUUUGAUCUCUUUCGAGGAGUUUCGUCAGACCUGGAAACUCCUGAGCUCUCAUCUUAAAAUGGAGAUCAGUGACAAGGCCAUUGCAGACCUGGCCCAGAGCAUUGACUUCAACAAGGACGGGAGCAUCGACAUCAAUGAGUUCAUGGAGGCUUUCCGACUGGUGGACCUGUCUGCACAUACCUGAGAGCCUGGACCAGAAGCUGUAGCUGUAUCUGCUGCAUAGAGAACACAGAGAACUGUCUUUGAUAGAAUUAUUCACCCGGAUACAGGUGGUCUGUGGAAAAUCAAAUGUAAAGCUGUAUCUCAUCUAUUUGACCUGCAUGGGUUGAUUGAAUGCAUUAUUGUUUAUCCAUGAGCAACCUACUUCUUGCUUACCUCCUGUUUAGAAACAGGAAACACAAGUGAUGUCAUCUUUGCUUUCCUGUUGAGUGCAUCAACACCAUCCAGACUCGGACAGAGAGCUUCAUCACAUGGUGCCACGAACAUCACCUGGAGCUCAAUAUCACCAAAACCAUAUACUGAAGCACAGGAAGUAGGCUGUUGAUAUAAGCCUGCCAUUGGCUGACCAUUUCAGUCUGCAUUCUCCUCCUCUUUUGUGAUCUACAUGGUAGACUUUACAAAAUCCCUGCAGCCUCUACACUCUGAAAAUGGCAAGUUACCCUAACCUGGCCAAUAGCAGUACAAACCUGCAACCUGGGCUUAGCGCUGUCCAAGAGGAUUGUGAUUGGUUUAAUGAAAUACAAAACAAGCAGGAGUGUUGUUUUUCCAGUUAACCAGAAUAAUAAUGACUUCAGCCAGGGCUUUCUCCAGUGCUGGCAUGGUUCUAAAACAAAGUGUAGAGAUAACAAAACAAAAGAGCUUGUGGUGGAUGUCGUGUAUGUUCGUUUUUCACUGAGAGGGUGGAAAAAAAGCAAAUUCCUUGUACAUGUUCACAUGCUUGGCCAAUAAAGCAGAUUCUGACAGCCCACAGUUGUAGCCAUGACAGCAGCUAAAGCUUCAAAUAUGGAUGUUGCUGUAAAAAAAAGCUGUAAUUUGGAAAACGUGGAUGGCUGACCUACAUCUCCAACACAGAAAAUCUAUACAAGCACCACAGUUUCAUGGUGGUGAUUAUGGUCACAAUUCCCCCUUCUGUCACUGAUUUAUGGCAUUGAAUAAUGGCCAGAGAAGUGUUUUUACAAAACAUUACGAUGUCACAUUGGACAACCCAAAAAUAUAAUGCCUCCGGAUGUCGUUAAGAAGUCUUUAGCAGGCCUAUGUAUGGAGCUCGAUUGAAGUUGA